AUGUUCAUCUCGCAAACCCUACUUCGAACGACAACGACCGCGGCUUAUGAGCUCACUGACGACCAAACAGCGGAAUACAAGCAUGCUUUCAGCCUUUUGGACAAGGACGGCGACGGCUCCAUCACAACUAACGAACUCGGCACUGCGAUGCGCUCCCUCGGUCUGAAGCCAUCUGAAGAAGAGCUGGAGGCGAUGAUUAACGAAGUGGACGUGGAUGGAAACGGUACGAUUGAUUUACAAGAGUUCCUUAGCCUAAUGGCCCGGAAGGUUCAGGACAAUCUCUCAGAAAAACAGCUCAAGGAAGCGUUUAGGGUUUUCGAUAAGGACCAGAAUGGCUUCAUCUCUGCCGAUGAGCUUCGUCAUGUUAUGGCAAGCCUCGGAGAGAGUCUGACGGAUCAGCAGAUUGAUCAGAUGGUUCAUGAGGCCGAUAUUGACGGCGACGGACAGAUCAACUAUCAAGAGUUUGUGAAGGUCAUGUUGGCAAAGAAAGUACAUAGUAGCAGCAGGGGUUCUACUAGUUCAAAGGGUCACAGAAAAACUAAGAAACGAAGUUGUAGGCAGUGCAUACGCCAAUGUUUCUACCUCUAG